AAACAGAGCUCUGUGGCUCAGAUCGGACUGAUGUCGGUUACAGUUUUCCCAGUGCGGCUGCUGCUCGUCUCUUUCCUUAUGCUGUUGGCAUGGCCCUUCGCCUUCGCGGCUUCCCUGGGGCGCUCGGAUUUUGUUGUUGAGCCACAGUCGUGGUGGAGGAGAAUUAUCCAUCUUUGUAUUUGGGCCAUCAUGCGAGCCAUGUGGUUUUGUGGCGGUUUCCAUUGGAUCAAGGUGAAAGGGGACCGAGCUCCACCCUCCGAGGUUCCCAUUCUCGCUGCGGCGCCACAUUCUUCCUACUUCGAUGCCAUCCCAGUCACCAUGAUGAUGUGCUCUAUAGUUGGCAAGCAUGAGAGCAGGAGUGUACCAGUCUGGGGCACUUUGAUCAACUACAUCAGACCCGUGUACGUGGUUCGGUCCGACCAGGACUCGAGAAGGAAAACUGUAGAGGAGAUAAAACGGAGGGCCAAGUCUGAUGGAGAGUGGCCGCAGAUCAUGAUAUUCCCUGAGGGGACGUGCACCAACAGGUCAAGUCUCAUCUUAUUCAAGGCUGGUGCGUUUAUCCCAGGACACCCAGUGCAACCAAUGGUGUUACGGUACCUAAACAAACUGGACACCAUUACGUGGACAUGGCAGGGUCCUGGAGCGUACAAGAUCUUAUGGCUAACUCUGUGCCAGCCUCAUAAUUCAGUGGAGAUAGAGUACUUGCCUGUUUACCAUCCAUCAGAGGAGGAGAAGGCAAAUCCUGCUCUGUUUGCAAACAACGUCAGAAAGCUCAUGGCUAAGGCCCUGAAGGUACCACUAGCAGACGUGUCCUUUGAAGACCGGGAGAUCAUCCUGUCAGAGGGCCCCCUGGGUAUCCAGGACUGCAGGAGCCUGCUGCAGUUCAACCAGCUAGUGUGUCGUUUGGGGUUGAGAGCGAAGAGCACAGACAAGCUGCUGGAACAGGCCAACAGGGCUGCAAAGCUGCAUGGAGACAGACUGGGACUGGAGGACUUUGCCCAGUUCCUCAACCUGCCAGUUACAGACGCUCUUAAACAAGUCCAUAGCCUGUUUGAUCAGCAUGAAGACGGACAGAUAGACAUCAGGCACUACAUCGUCGCUCUGUCUACAGUACACAGGCCUUCGAAAUCCAUGGAGACUUUAAAACUGGCCUUCAAGAUGUAUGAGAACGAAGACGGUGGGGAGAUCCUGGAGGAGGAUCUGGCUGUUGUCUUGGAAAUAAUGUUGGGAGUGAAGGAUGUGGACCUUUCUGGCUUGUUUUUAGCACUUGGAAGACCUGAUACAAGAAAAAUCACUUACGAUGAGCUUCGCCAUCUUCUAGAGAACCAUCCACGGUUCUCCCUGGACUGUCUCCAUUUUAAAGAUCAUCCACGCAACGGUUGCGUCGACCGACUCAACAGCUGCAAUGGCACGAGCCACGACAAAGACAAAUGAACAGUUUCUUUCCUCUGCCUGGUGUGACGGCAGCGUGAAGCUGUGUUUAUGUGGUAUACUGUAUCUUCUCUAAGUGAUGAAGAUAAUGCAACUUCUCUGCCACCUCUGUGCCUUCAGGAGCAGGUAAACAAAGAACAGCUGUUAGGGAGGGCUCCAUCUUUUGUCCACGUUCUCUUUUGGAUUUUUCCUUUUUUAAGUUUCUAUUUUCAUAUAAAAAUAUUUUAAACUUUCCUUAUCAUGAUUUAUUUCUUAUAUUUUAAAGUAAAUAUUUGACACACAUUUUAAUUUUUUUCUGUUAAAAACACGUGAAGAGGAUAACGCUGUGAUUUUCUCAGGUUACAUGAACAUGGCACAUUGCCAUUUCCUACUAUUUUGAUACAGAAAAACAAGAGUUUAUUUCCAGAUUAAAACAACUGUUCUGCCCUUUAGGAAUGUUACAAAAACAUUUAAUACUGUCUGCAAAGUAAUAAUGUUUAAAAAAACAGUAGAUUUACAUCGCAAAAUUGUUUUUGCAAGGUUAUUUUUCUAUAAUCUUAUUGAAUCAGCUCUUCGAAGCUUUGACCAAAAUUAAAAUGAAAUUUAAUAUUUUAGUUUUUAUAAACACAAAAAGGCGAGCUUAAGCAGUUUUCCUGUUAUUUUCCUUUUUACAAAUAUGUGAAAGAUACUAAAGCAAGGAGUAAAACAUGCUGGUCAGAUUAUGCUACUUGUUUAUUAUUAGACACGACAUUAAUAUGACUUCCAGCCUUACAAUGGGAUCUUUCUCUUAAUUCCAGAUUUUUUUUUGGAAUACCUUUUUAAACAAGCUAAAUGGUAAGUGCUGCACUUAUAUAGUGCCUUUCUAUCCAACCAGGAUACUCAAAGCGUUUUACACUACGACUCCACUAAGCAUUCAGCCCCAUGCUGCCACAAGUUGCUGAAACAUUGAUUAUUACUUUAGUCCUUUUUUGUCCUAAAAUGUAAAAAUACCAAAUGUUAACACUUGUAUAAUUCUAGUGUUAUGUUAUCGCCACUGGCCAGAAGAGAACCCUUCCAAUAAACCUAACGUAGCCCAUUUGUAGCUCUGGACAUAUUUUUAGUGUGCAAAGUAGCAGAAAUGGUUGCAGACCUCUGGCAUAGGUUUAAAAAAAGUUCCUGCUAUGUUCCAGCGUAGAUACAAGAACACACAAACACGUUUGUAUUUCUAUCCUCAUUAGAACCAUAUAGUUGUUUUUAUAGCCUAACCCCUUAACAUAAUCCUAAACCUAAACCUAGCCUGGACUCAAUUCAGACCUUGGCCCUAAACCUAACCCCCAACCUAAAAAUGGUGUUCCACCAUAUUAGGACCGGUCUUUUGUUCCCAUAAAGAUACUGGUUUUGACGAGGUAGGUGUCUAUACCAGAAACGGUCUUAAAAAGAAAAGGGUAACAAAUACAAGAACACACACACACACCUUUUUAGCGUCAACAUCUUUCAAAAAUGCUGUAUUUUCCCCAAAACGUGAUGUUGAUGAAAUUUUACUAAAAACUUAAUGUACAUGGGCAAAUACUGUGAGCAAAUAUAAAAAUAAAUAAAUAAAUAAAAGAUUAA